AUGUCACGGUUCAGUAUAUACUGCUCAAUACACAACGGCUGCUCCUCUCACGCAGGAGACGCCAGGCCGCCGCCUCCCCGAGCGCCAGGAGCCCACAGGCAGGGCCCGCUCCCCACAGGCAGGGCCCGCUCCCCACAGGCCGCGCCCGCCGCCCCGCGAGGAGAAAAGGCGGGCGGCCACCCCACCGCUCUCCCUGCCCCGCCUCACGCCGCCCAGCCGUCGCCGCCCGGCGCGCAGCCCCCGCGGACACCGGCGCCCCUGGGCCCGGCCCCCUCAGGGGACCCACCCGGCGGCAGCGGCGCCGCCUUCCCGCCGCGAUUCAAACCGGCCGCGCAGCUGGCGGAAAGGAAGGGGCGGCGCGCCCAGCCGGCGCAGCGCCGGAAGGGGAGCCGGGACAGCGGCGGAGGCGCGGCGCUGCGCGAGACCCGCUCCGCCCCCGGCCUCGCGCCGCCGAGUGCGGGCGGGCAGCGGCCGCCGCCCCUAGCCGGGACGGGGCCUCGCCGCCGCGGCGAGGGGCCGAGCUGA